AUGGAAGAAGUCGGCGGUUUCACCUACGAAGAAUGGUGCAAGAGACGCGAGUGUGUCCCCGUUGCUACCGAGACCAUCGCUCCCAAGUCGUCUAUCUCGAACCGCACUGUUCACGCUCAGAGUCAGAUCGCAAGCGAAGUGUCUGACCAGGACAACGCUUAUCGUUAUGUUGCGAUGAGGGAGCCCGGUCCCCAAGACGCUGUCCCCGUGGCCUACGCCCUCUAUCCUCAGCCCGGUUACACUUACAUGUACCCACCUCAGCCAUUCGCAGCCAUGGCCGCUCCUCCUGUCCCUGCUCCCAAGUCAGCUCCCAAGCCUGUCGCAUCUGUUCCCGCUUCUUCGUCGCACUCCAAGCAGGAAGAGGAGCACUACCGUCACUACACUCGUGAGAGCGUGCGCGAGAAGUCUGUCCGCGCCGCUUCCGAGCCUCCAACCAUCGAGAAGGCUGCCCCGCCUCCACCCGCUCCCCAGGCCGGCAUGGCUACCAUGACCUACGGCGCCUACCCUUUCGGCAUGCCCGCCGCCGCAGUCCCAGUCGCAUACGCCAUGCCUAACUACCCAGUCCCCGUCCACGCCGAGACUACCGGCACCGCCUCGCCCAAGCCACCUCCAAACCGCGUCUGGGUCGGCCGCACCAAGAAGCAAGUAGACGAAGACAACGCCAAGAUUGCUCACAAGGAGGGCGUGUACAAGCCCAAUAAGAUGGUCCCCAAGGCUGCCUCUCCUGACCAGCUGUUUUGGGUUAUCGAGCCUGACAACAGUAACACGCUGCGCAACUUCCGCACCAUCGAGGAGGAUCUUCAGCCUGGAAAGUGGAAGGUCGAUCCUAGAUAUGGCAACGCAUACUUUGUGCGCGACAAGAAGGAGAAGGCUUGAUGCUGUAUCUUCUGCUCUUACUUAAGCGCCGAACAGUAGACUCGUGGUCUUUGUCGUGGCAUGAUCUUCUCUUUCGUGAGAGCUGGAGAACGAGGGGAAUGACGAGAGGAGAGACAUACCGCAACGGACAGUGGGCUUGCUAAGGGAGGAUCCAGCGUUGCUUCAUCUUCAUUUUAUGCCGAGCGAGGCUUCCCGUUUUCUACUUCCUUUCUUUCUUUCUUUGCUGCCCUUUUUUGCUUGAAAACACACACACGGCAGCGUUCGCAUGUAACAACACAGACUAAGUUGGACGCUCAGCAGCUACUUGCUGCAUUGCUAUUACACACAAUUCAAGAUUUACCGACCG